AUGGGUUCAUCCACCUCAUGCAUUCUUCUACUGGAUUUCCGAGAAAUUCCAACCGAGGCCUCUCAUUACGGUCUCAACAUCGUAUCCAGUGAUGGUUUCCCGGGUGCCUUCUGUGUGGCAACGGCCAAUGAGAACGAAGUCGAUUCACCAGCUUAUCAACGAUUACGCGAUCUGAGUAACCAGCACAAUCGGCUCUGUUCUCUUGCUCGGCUCCUCAUUUGCGAUCGACUAGAUUACCUCGAUCGAACGGAUCCAUUCCUUCAACAGUGA